CUAAAAUUGUUAGUGCACAAUGAGCUUCGAUUUUAAAAGAAACAUUUGAAAAAAAAUACUUCUAGAGUGAAAGAGCUUGAGAGUCCCUUGACCGUUCCGAGCUGCCAUGAGCACUGAAGUACAGUCAACAACAGCAGCAUGCGGCGAUUAAUUAGACAUUUGUCUCAAUGAGGGGAGGUUUGGGAGGCAGCAGAGGGAUAAAGGCAGGCAAAUCUGCUGGCCUAAUUAGGGGAAUUUAAUUUCUCUCAGGCUCACAUUGACUCAGACCUUGAUGAAGCAUUCUAAAGAGGAAGGGGGGGCUGACAAAGAGGCUUGUACACAAUCCCUGAUUUUACAUGAAGGAAUCGACGGGUGUUGAAGAAAGCUCGCCAAAAAAGGAAGUGCACGACUUGGCGUAAUCAUGGCGAGCCGUCACAAAGGAGCUCAUCAAAUGUGCCUCUGCAUUGUGUGUUAAAGGUUUGUUGUACGUGCCUGUUGGAGGAAUAGUGCAGAAGUCCAGUGGGGCGAGGCUGGAAGGAUGUCUGUAUAACGUGCGAGAGGUCCGGGGGCUAAAGAGAGGCGUCAAAGUCAGUGUCCGAGCAUGAGUCGAGGAUCGAGGGGGGCAGUCCAAUUCCAGAGGGAAGUCCAGUUUCUUGUGUGUGUCCCCGAGUCGAGCUGUGUGUCUCGCAUUCCUGGACCUUCCCCUUCCUGGAUCUCAACCUCUCGCCUGUCCCUGGACUACGACGCCUCGCUCCUGCCUCUUGACAACUCUUCUGCCCCCGGACUACCCUGCAUGCCUUGCCUUGUCAGACAGCACCGGAUUUACGCAGAUAUUCUACUUCUGACCAACGCGGUACUGUUAGCUUCUUCAAGGCUCCUCAAACGCUACCGCUUGCUGCGUGUUGGCUUCUCACUCACCUGGCCCACCGCUGCUGUUUUGGUUACGUACAUCUGCCCGUCCAUCAUGUGGAUUUACAAUCUCGCUUUGGGCUCUGCUCUUGUAGACUGUCCUGUCCAUUUUAAUAAACCCAGCGUCAUCUCUGUUCCAAUACAUGAGUGCGGAGCUCUUCCAACUCAUUCGGUCUGCUCCCUCGCCUGGAUUGCAUCACUUUCGGGACAUUGUCGGAGGUAUAUCCACCCACCGCCGUCCUCCGAGAAACACCCGCAGGAAGGUCGGUCACUGCACGUUAGCUAACCUGCCCAAGUCAGCUAACGUUAGCUUCUCCAACCAGAUCUCCGCCGUCAAAUUUGGAUUAUUUAACACCUGUUCCCUCACAGGCAAGGGACUACUUCUGCAGGACCUCCUCCAUGACCGAAAAUAUGCCUUUCUCUGUUUAACAGAGACUUGGAAAAAUCCCAAUGACUUUUCGAGGCUGAACGAGUCUACUCCACCUGGGUUUGUUUACAUCUGUCAACCCCGCGUCACCGGAAGAGGAGGUGGUCUCGCGUUGAUUUACCACAAGAGUUGGAGGUCUCCUCUGUCACAUUGCCAGAGUCAAGUUCAUUUGAGUCAGUGGCUCUUCAACUAAAUAGACCCAUUCCAACUGUUUUAGUUAAUAUUUACUGCCCACCCAAACUAAAUAAAGAAUUCAAGGAAGAGUUUAAUACACUUGCUCACUCUCUUCAAACAUAAUUUUGCUAGGUGAUUUACAUAUUCGUGUAGACAUCACUAAUCAUUCACUUACAAAGGAAUUAAUCUCUUGUAUGGACUGUGUUUUUGUUUUUUUUAUCAAACAUUGUAUUAACUUUCCCACCCACUCCAAAGGCCAUAAAUUGGACUUGGUCUGCUGCUCUGGUGUCACUUCUCUCAACUGUUCUGCUACUGAUCUCCCCACCUCCGACCACAUGCUUAUUUCAUUCAAAAUAUGUUUGUCACUAUUCAAAAUCAAACAACCACGUUUAAUGUCCUACCGUAACAUAAACACAUCAAAUUACCAAAUCUCACAGCAGGCAUUGACAGUUUUCCCACCAUCAC